AUGGCAGGUCUCGUGGCAGGAGCGAGAAAGAAACCUGUCGUGUGCGUCUUCUGCGGCGCAUCAACGGGCAGUUCUCCGCUACACAUCAAGGCAGCUCACUCCCUCGCAGGCGCACUGCACGAAGCCGGUGUGAAUUUGGUCUACGGCGGCGGGACUGUUGGCUUGAUGGGUGAGAUAGCGCGUACUCUUGUCGCUCUGGCAGGACCCGACAGCGUCCACGGUAUCAUUCCGGAGCCUCUUGUGAAGUUCGAAAACGCCGAUCCUUCCUCGCCGUUGGGCCAUUGCAUCACCGAAUCAAUCUACGGGCGCACAACCAUCGUCGAGGACAUGCACACCCGCAAAAGGCUCAUGGUCGAAGAGGUGAUCCGAGGCGGACCGGGCGGAGGCUUUGUGGCCCUCUCAGGCGGUUACGGCACAUUCGAGGAGCUCAUGGAGAUCACAACGUGGAACCAAUUGGGCAUUCACAGCAUGCCAAUUGUGGCAUUUAGUGUUGACCAUUAUUGGAGCGCGCUUAUGAGCUGGGUUCGAGCGGCUGUAGGCAAAGGCUUCGUGAAAGAAGCGAAUGCCGAUAUCAUCCGCGAGGCGCACAAUGCCGAGGAGGUGAUGAGAUGUUUGGCGUCCCAUCAAAUCUCCAAAGGCAGGCAGAAUCUAGCGUGGGCAAUGAGCAAGUUGUGA